GGGUGCAGCACAGAGCCUGUCCCGGAGCUGCGUGCUCAUGGUGCUUGCAGUGAGGGGCUGCUCGCUGGCAUCUGUUUUCGUAACCAUGUGGCUGCUGGUCAGAGCACAAAUAGACGUGUGCCGGCUGGGCGACGUCACCGUGAGACCGGCCAGUGUCGUGCCUCUCGGCGUGGCGGUGGAGAUCUCCUGCUCGCUGAAGCCCGGCCAAAGCUGCCUGCAAGGCUCCGCCUUCCACAGACUCAUCCUCUACAAGUCCGGCACGGAAAUCGGCUCCCACCAGGGCCCGGCCUUCAGCUUCCGAGUGUCGGACCUGCCCCUGGGCACAGCUGUGUUUGUCUGCAAAGCGGUCUGCGCCACAGGCACCCUAGCCCUGGUGUGCGGGGCGGAGGUCUCCGUGGGCGCUGCUCCAGAGUGCCCUCGAAAUGUGUCUUGUGUGCAGGAGGGACAGCAUGGAGCCGUGGCCUGCUCCUGGGACCCCGGCCGAGAUACCCGCCUGAGCCAUAACUACACGCUACAGCUACAUGGACCCGGAAAUUUAAUUUGGCAGAAGCAGUGCGGGAAUUACUGUCGUCGCCUGGACCUUGGAAUCAGCCUCAGCCUUGAACUACUUGAGUCAAGUUUCACAGCUGAGGUUACCGCUGCAAACCACCUCGGAAACGCUUCCUCGGGCCCAUCGACGUUCACAUUCCUGGACAUAGUGAAGCCGCUUCCUCCGAGUGACCUCAGAGUCCAGUUCCCGAAUGGGUCUGGCAGCCGCUGUACCCUCCAGUGGACGGACGAGGCCUGGGUGCUGCUCAACCGGCUCCGGUACCGGCCCGGGGACAGCAGAUCCUGGAGGACGGUCAGCGUGACCGACGCCCAGGGGAGACACGAAGGGCUUCGCCUGGAGCCCUUCACCGACUACGAAUUCCAGGUCUCCUCUAAGCUGCGUCUUUCCGGCGGAGGCUGGAGCAACUGGAGCGAACCCUUGCGGGCACGCACACCCGAGGAAGAGCCCUCGGGGACGCUGGACGUGUGGUACCGGAGCCAGCUGGCAGCCGGCGGCCGGCAGGUGUCCGUGUUCUGGAAGAGCCUGAGCCUGGCAGAGGCGAGAGGGAGAAUCCUGCACUACCAGGUGGCCCUGCAGGAGGUGUCAGGGAGGGCAGCCAUGCUGUGGAACGUCACACGAGGCACCUCCUGGACCGGGGUCCUCCCCAGCACCGGGACUUGGACCACAGCUGUGUCUGCCACCAACUCCAAAGGAAGCUCCCGGCCGGCUCAAGUGACCAUAGGGAACCCGUGUGGCACAGGGUCGCUGGCUCCCCGCGAGGUCUCCGCGAGCUCCCGGGGCGAGGACAGCGUCUCGGUGACCUGGCAGCCUCCCGGGCGCGGGGGGCCCGCCGUGCAGCAGUACCUGGUGGAGUGGACGGCGCUGCCCGGGCGCGGGCGCGGCUCGCAGGCCCCGCUGAGCUGGCUGCGGAUCCCCGCCUCCAACAGGUCUGCCGUCAUCUCAGAGAGCAUCGAGCCCUACGUGUGUUACGAGAUCCGCGUGUUCGCGCUGUCGGGGGACCGAGGCGGGUGCAGCUCUGUACUGGGCGACUUAAAACACAGAGCACCGGCCAUCGGCCCCCACAUCGAGGCCAUCACCGAGGAUGAGACAGGCGUGUUGGUCUCCUGGAGCCCCAGGCCGGCCGGGGAGCAGGUGGGCUGUGUCGUGCACCUCCGGAUCUACUGGCGGGAACGGGGCUCCAGCACCCCGCCGAGGCUCCAGGAGGUCCCCUGCUGGCCCUCCAGGAGCUCCCACCCGCUCUCCGGCCUGUGGCACGGGGUGACCUACGUGCUGUGGAUGACGGCGGUGACAGCAGCUGGCGAGGGGCCCCGGGGAAACGAAAGGGAAUUCCGCCUGCAGAGUAAGCAAGGACGCGGCCCUGGGACGCUGCCCGCGCUCCUCGUCUCCUCCCUCGGCCACCGGCGCCCCACGGGAGGAGCCAGCUGGAGCGCGGUCCUGGCUGUGAGUGCCUGUGUGGCUGUCCUCACCCUGGGCGUCCUCUUCACCGGCUGCUUCCAGCAAAAGGCGCUGCUGCUGCUCUCGGCGCUCAGGCCACAGUGGUGCCGCCCGGGGAUCCCAGACCCGGCCAACAGCACCUGGGCCCGGAGGCUCGUGCUGGAGGAGAUCUCACUAGGUUGUGAAAUUUUGCAGGCUGGGCUUGAACUUGGGGUCCUUCUGCCUCGGCCCCCAGCUGCUGGGAUGGCAGACGUGCUGGCUUCUGUGCCUGAUGCUGGUGGCACCUCUUCCCCAGCCAAGUCCUGGGCUGUUGCCAGGGUCCCUGCACCUCCAGCCUUCAGCCACGGCCCCUUCCUCCCUUCCCAGGAGAGGACCCCGCUGCCGGUGGACGGGACGCAGACGGAGCCGGAGCCCUUGAUCAUCAGUGAGGUCCUGCCUGGCGCGACUGCAGUCUUCAGAGCUGCCCAGUGCCCCCGCUGGCCUGAGGAGGGGCAGGGAGACCGGGCCCGCCUCGACUGCACAGAGGGGCCGGUGGGCAUGGGCUGCAGCCCGCCCCCUGUGGGGCCCCUGUACAGGGCGCUGGCGGUGACUCUCCCGGGCCCUGACGGCUACCUCCCCGCCAGCCCUGGGGUCCUGGCCACCCCAGAGUCCCCGCUCCCUGAGCCCGAGCAGGAGCCGGGGCCACCACCUGUCACCCUCUCCAUCUUCACGGCCCGCUCCCUCCAGCCUGUGGGUGGUGCCUGCGGCCCGAGGCUGACCCUGGACCGGCUCAGGCUGGGCUGUGACUCCCUGGCGCUCUAGCCCCAAGCUUGCAGGUCCCGGGCGGGCGUGGCCUGAGGACCUCGGCUCAGCCCAUGACCUCACCUCCGGCCCGGCUCGGCGGCUUCAGCUUUGGUACCAGCAAGGGGCAAGGGACCCGAGUGGAGAGCAGUCCUCACGGUGGCAGCGUCCUGCGGCGGGCGACUGACUGCUGGCCCCACACUCGCUGCAGCCCUCCUGCCUCGGCCUCCCGAGUGUCCAUGUGCGGGGUUGGGAUUGAGCCGCUUUGCCCGUCAGCCUCCGCCCGACAAGCCCAGAUCUAAGACGGGAAAGCCGCCUGGAGUGGCUGUCCCUCCUCGCCCGGACACAGGCCACCCCACCCGAGCCUGGCUGACUAGGAAAGUGACUCUGUGAGCAGCAAGGAACGAAGACUGCAUUCACGCGGUUUCGGGCCAGCUGUGGAUCCCAGGCCGGCACGGUCACACUGCAAGCAUCCUGCGGCCCUGCACACCUCUGCAACCUGCCUGCCUGUCGCACGCUGCCGCGCUCCCCUCAGCCAGCCGGCCUUCCCAGGCACAAGUCAGACGUCCCUGACAGCCCAAGGGAACGCUGUUGGGGUCCCACUGCCCUACCACGACCCAGGCCCGGCUGAGCCCGGACACAGCACCGGCUCUGCGGCCUGACUGUCCGCCCCAGGCAGGGGCCACGGCCUGCUCCCAGUGCUGCCGCUGCCCGCCCGGUCAGCACUGCCCACCCUCCGCCCCGUGGCUGCUCUGAGGCUGCAGGCCGGUUUCUGUAAAAGCGCACCUCCACUUCUGACCGGCCUGCAGAGACGUGUCACCCCUCCCGCCGCAGCGCCACCUGCAAGUCAGCUCCCGCGUUCUCCCCGAGACUGCCGUUACUCAGGUCACGGUCUUCAUCAGCAGGCGCAGACACCCCACCGGCAGUUUCCUCUGAGAGCUGCGUUCUGAAGCGCAAGGCUUUCCCAGGUGGUGUUUUGUUUGGUUUUGUUUGAGACAGGGUCUCACUGUGAAGUCCAGGCGGGCCCUGAGGUCAGUGAUCCUUCCGCCUCAGCCUCCCGAGUGCUGAGGUUACAGGCGUGCAGCACCGCACCCAGACUCCCAAAUGUUCUUUUGCAGGCUGCACAGGACCAAAAGCACUUCUUUUGCUGUGGCUUCCAGCACUAGCAUUUGACUCACACAAGCUGCCCAGGGUCCAUGUAACUGUUAAGAAAAUAACCUACCGGAUGUUGUUGAUCUACUGUAACCUAGCCUCAGGGUCCUGGGCACUGUGGUAACAAAACCCAGCGGCGUGGGGCAUACACAGCACACCAGCUAUGGACCCCCAUGACUGCUCAGUGAGCACCUGCUUUAAAAACAGCUUCACGGAAUCCCGGCUCCCACACCCUCUUCAGAAGCUCCUACUCUAGACAUCUGUGUGGGUGAGACCCAGUCUCACUGUGUAGUUCUGCCUGGCCUCGAACCCACGGUGACCCUCCUGCCUCGGCCUCCCGGGUGCUGGGAUUAUGGUGUGGACUGUCCUGUGUGGCACGAAGCUCCUAGUUUGGACUUGAGCACGCACAGCCUCCCUGAACAGAGACGCGUACUGAACGAUGCGGCACAGAUGAGGCUGCAGUCCAGUGGUCACUGUGACAGCCAAGUUCCUUACCGCUCAGUUCCAGGAAAAAGGCACAGACCCAGCGCCCCCUAAACAAAACAUUCAUUUCACCUGUCCAAGGCCAGGAGGCGGGGCCACCCCCCCACCCGCUGUGUCUUAUUUCCUCCCUUGACACACAUGGAGGCUGAGGAGCGAGCGCCUCCCACAUGGGCUCCCGCCACAAAGCAGCUGCAGGCGCGGCAUCGGUUGCCAGGACGUUUGGCUCUAGGCAGUCAGGUCAAGGACCAAGCCAGCUUGGAGCAGACCCAGGCUACCCGUGUGGAAACCAGUGCCAGUUCUUCUCGUCCUAAACUCCAGAGGGGAACCAGCUAGGGCUCACCUAGGUGACAGGGUGACCGUGCAAGCCAGGGCUCCUGUCCCUCAGCCCUCCCUGUCUCCUCAUGCACACACCAGACCCUAAGUGGCACUGUCCACACCCCUGGAGGUCACACGCGACCCACCCUGCCCAGGCGGCCGGCAUGGAAAGCGCCCGGCCGCCUGAGACUGUCUGGUGCACUCCGCAGGCUGCAGAGGCCCUGGGAGUGGCCUGGGGAGGCCCAGCGCCA